UUUCUGCAAAGUUGACUGUGGAGAAGCUGACGCUGCUGCCAAUGGACACAGGGCUCGAGGUGGAUGUUUUGAUCUUCCCAGAUAAAGUGAAAAUAGCUUCUCCGGAGGAGCACUCAGAAUGGGAGCUCGAGACCGCAAGCCAGGUGUCGUUACCCACCGUACGACUCUUUGUGGCACUUUACCCAUACAACCCUGCUGCAAUGUCCCCCAACUAUGAGAUGGCUGCAGAAGAGCUACCUUUCGUUCCAGGCCAGAUAAUCAAGGUAUUUGGAGACGCAGACUCUGACGGUUUCUAUCACGGUGAGUCAGGGGGUCUCUCCGGUUACGUUCCAAGUAACAUGGUGGAUGAAAUCCCAGUGUUUGACGAGUACCUGAAGCAUCUACUCAUGCGGCAGGGCUUCCUCCCUGUGGACCAUUCAGACAUGUCUUUUACACCUGAUCUGAGCGAGGUGGCCAGCAUCUCUGAUGAUGUGGUCGUUCAACGAAUGGUGGCCUUAUUCGACUACGAUCCAUGGGAAAGUUCACCAAACAUUGACAAUGAAGUUGAGCUUGGCUUUCGCUCAGGAGACAUUAUCUACGUGUUAGGUGACAUGGAUCAAGAUGGAUUUUAUUACGGGGAUCUGCACGGACGGAGAGGUUUGGUUCCAUCAAAUUACCUGCAGGCGCUACCCUGGAAUUAGAAGAAAACGGCAAGCUAAGAUGUUUGCCUCAAAGGCCAAGACCCAGACGGAUCAGCUUCUAUUUUAAAAGAAUAUAUUUCUUCAAAAGGAAAGAGAGUAGCAACAAUAAUUAGAAAGAGUGUUUAUAUGUGCUUUACACCUAUAUGAAGUUGGUUCAUACAAAAACUAUAUGAAAAAAAACGAGUAAAAUCUCAAAAAGCUAAAGCAUAUCCAUUUUGCCUUAUAUCCUGUAUAUACAUUUUUUGUAAUUAUAUUAUAGUUUUUUCAUGAGGAAAAUUGAGGAGAAAGGUUUUUGCAAAUAUUUUAUUUAUCAACAGAAAGUUUGUACAACGGAACAUAUUCAUGUUAUAAAAGGCCGACCUGUAAAGCAGAGACUCAUAUUAAAAUGUAUUUGGAUUUCUACAGCGCUCACCUGGGUUCCCUUAUCUAUAAAUCUCAGCUACUUGUUUCCACUG